AUGGCAGAUGAUGAACAGGAUCCAAAAGAGUACAGAUGGGAGACAGGUUAUGAGAAGACAUGGUAUGCCAUUAAGGAAGAUGAAGAUGGAUUAGUGGAGGGUCUAGUGGCAGAGUUCGCUCAGAAAGCUGCACGAAAGAGUGUGGCCCCUCGAAAAGGCCCCGUGCGGUUGGGCAUGAUGAGACAUUUACUUGUUGCAAUUGAUUGCUCAGAGGCUAUGAAUAGUCCAGAUCUCAAACCAAUUCGUUUCUUAUGUACAUUAAAGCUUUUAGAAAAAUUUGUUGAAGAAUUCUUUGAUCAAAAUCCACUAAGCCAACUUGGAUUAAUUGCUAUGAAGAAUAAAAGAGCUGAGAAGGUUACAGAGUUGUCUGGAAAUGUCAGGAAGCAUAUAAAGGCUGUGCAGAGUCUAUCUAAUUUGGCUCUAACAGGUGAGCCAUCCUUACAAAACACUCUUGAGUUGGCUGGUCGAAUACUCAGACCUCUUCCUGGCCAUGCAUCUCGUGAACUUCUAGUCCUGUUUGCAUCUCUCACUACUUGUGAUCCUGGAGAUAUCAUUCCCACUAUUCAGACUCUCAAAACUGAUGGCAUCAGGUGUUCAGUAAUAGGAUUAGCGGCAGAAGUGCGAAUUUGCAAGAAGUUAUGUCAGGACACUGGUGGAGAAUAUGGAGUAGUACUAGAUGAUGUGCAUUACCGUUCACUGCUUCUCGAACAUACAUCACCGCCACCAAGAGCGCGCGCUUUGGACGCUGGGCUCGUCAAAAUGGGCUUUCCACACACAGCACCGCCUAGUACACAAUCGGAUCCUGGUGGAAAUGCUGAUCCUCUAAUAACAGUGUGCAUGUGCCACUUAGAAGAGGGUGAGGGUGUAGGCGGCGAAGGACACCUGUGUCCACAGUGCCGCAGUAAGUACUGCUCGCUGCCAGCGCAGUGUCGGACUUGCGGCCUCACUUUAGCUUCUGCUCCUCAUUUAGCGAGAUCAUAUCAUCACUUGUUUCCUGUGGAUCCGUAUGAAGAAUUAAAUAAUGAAGGCCAAGCACAAUAUUGUUUUGCCUGUAUAAGAAGUUUCACAGAUCUCGACAAACAGAUAUAUCGUUGCACGAGGUGCCAAGAGUACUACUGCUGGGAGUGCGAGGGCGUGAUUUCGUGUACGUUGCACGUGUGCCCCGGCUGCGCGUCGCGCCCGCACUUGUAUCAACGGCUACCCGACACGCGGUGA